AUGAGCAAUGUGGUUGAGAAGGCCGACGAUUUCGUUAUUGUCACUGGAGAGACACAUUCGGUACGUGAGUUUGUCGAAAAAUCAUUCCGUGAGAUCAACAUCACCAUCAAGUGGCGCGGUGAAGGUCUCGAUGAAGAAGGUUACAACGAAGGCACCGGUGAUGUAUUGGUGAAGAUCGAUCCACGUUAUUUCCGUCCAACCGAAGUAGAUUUACUCCUUGGUAAUCCAGCCAAAGCAAAGAGAGAACUCAAAUGGGAAAUCAAGACAUCUUUCGAUGAUUUGGUCAAGGAAAUGGUUGCCAAAGAUGUUGAAUAUCUUUCUAAAGGUCAUGAUCAAUUUAAUUAA